UGCUCCUCUGUGGAUUGUCUCCUGGUCUCGUGGUCUCCUGUCUCUGAAACGUGUGUGGAGCACCAUGCCUGCAGGCAGGACUCGCUCUGGGCUGUCCGUGUUCAGUCUGACCGUGCUGACCGUGCUGCUGCAGUGCUGGACUCCAGCUUUAGGAGUAUCUGUGAGUGGAGUUUUGGGUUUGGACGGAGAAACAAAGCAACAUGUGGAGCAGAAGAUCAAGCCUGAAGACUUACUACAAGUAGUGAUCACACCCUCCCAUGGAGAGAUCCAAGUGGGAGAGAGCAAAAGGUUUCGGUGCGAAGUGGUUGGAGAAGCUGUAAACAUCGACUGGAUUGCCCCAAAUGGAGAGAAAGUCCAGGAAAAGCACACAAACGUCAGAGUGCAUCGCCACGACAGGACGUCCUCCUCUCUGACCAUCCGCGAGGCCAGGACGGAGGAUGCUGGAGCUUAUACCUGCGUGGCUGAAAACGCUCAGACUGCAGCGCAGGCCAGCGUCGACCUGGAGGUCCUCUUGAAGAGAGUCCGGAGAGGACCAGCGAAGGAGGGAAGAGAGAAGAGGCAGAAAGACCCCAAACCCUCCAAGAAACCCAAAGGGCCAAAGCCCACCAAAAAGCCCAAGGGGGAGAAAGCCACCAAGAAGCCUAAAGGGGAGAAGAAGAAGAAAGGAAAGAAGAAUAAAGAGGAGAUCAUCAUCACCACCACCACCACUCUACCACCUACGACCACCACUUUACCGCCCACCACCACGCCUCUGAUCGUGUACGACGAGGAGUUUUUUGACCCAGAGCUUGACGAGUACUGGGAUGAAGUGUACGCUACAGAACAAACCCCAGCAGUGGUCACCGAUUCAGCCGCAGAGAGGCCCACUGACGCUACUACAGACUUCCUCAUAGACCUCCCCACGGACUUUCCCACAGACAUCAUUCCGGAUGUGGAGGAGUAUCCCAUUCCUUAUCCUGACUCAGAAGACGAUGACUACUGGAAGGUAGAUGAGACCACACCCACAGAUCCCAUUAUCAGCGUCACGGGGAAAGAAGACGGAGAUUUCUGGGACGCUACAUACGAGGAACCAGAGAAUUUACCCUUCCCGGAUGGUAAAGAGGUCAGUCCAACUGACAGCGACUGGACUUACAGUGCCACAGAUGAACCCACAGUCCCUCCUUUUGAAAACAAGUGGUACGAGGAGUACGAAUACGGACACGAGAAGAGAGUGGAAGAAGAAGAGGAAGAGAGAGAGAGGGCGAGGAAAAAGCAGGAGGAGAGAGAGAGGGAGCAGAGGAGGCUGGAGGAAGAGGAGGAGAGGGACAGAAGGAUUAAGAGACCUCCCCCACGUGUCUACAAAGAGCCAAAGAUCUGUCCUCCUCUGGGAAUGGAGUCUCAUCGUGUGGACGCUGACCAGCUGCUGACAUCAUCCAUGAGCCAUCAUCGCUACGGGCCUCAGAGAGCGCGCCUUAAUAUUCAGGCGUCUGGAGAUGAGGACGAUAUGAACGGAGGGGCUUGGUGCGGUAACCAAGACGACAAAGUCCACUGGAUUGAACUGGACGCUCGGACACUCACAGAAUUCACCGGAGUCAUCACACAGGGCCGAGACGAUCCCAUAGAAAACGACUAUGUGACUUCAUACUACGUGGCCUUCAGCAACGACAGUAGAGAAUGGACGGUUCUUCAUGAUGGAUACUCGGAGUGGCUGUUCUUUGGGAACAAUGAUAAACACACUCCAGCGAUUUCCCAGUUCGUGGAGCCCAUGGUGGCGCGCUACAUCCGCAUCCUGCCCCAAAGCUGGAACGGCACCAUGUGCAUGAGGAUGGAGGUCAUGGGCUGCCCUCUGCCUGAUCCCCAGAGCCAGUACCAGAGUCAGAAUGAGGUGAUAGCUAAAGAUGACCUGGACUACAGACACCACAGCUACGAGGACAUGGAGAAGUUUAUGAAGUCUGUUUCAGACGAGUGUCCCUACAUCACCAGAUUGUACAGCCUGGGCAACAGCUCCCAAGGUCGGGAGCUUUACGCCAUGGAAAUCUCAGAUAAACCUGGGAUUCACGAGAUAGGCGAGCCGGAGUUCCGCUACACAGCUGGUUACCACGGUAACGAGGCUCUGGGCCGAGAGCUCCUGCUGUUUCUCAUGCAGUACCUGUGCAGGGAGUACAAGGAUGGCAACCCGCGAGUGCGCCGCCUGGUGGACGGAACACGCAUCCACCUUGUUCCCUCAGUCAACCCUGAUGGCCACGCAAAAGCCUUUGAGAGAGGUUCGGAGCUGGGCAGCUGGACACUGGGUCACUGGACUGAAGAUGGCGCUGACAUCUUCCAGAACUUUCCAGACCUCACUAACGUGUUCUGGGAUGCAGAGGACAAGGGCAUGGUGCCCAAACUGACCCCAAAUCACCACGUGCCUAUUCCUGAGGGCUACCUGGCGGAAAACGGACCUGUUGUUGUGGAGACCAGGGCCCUCAUCUCCUGGAUGGAAAGCCACCCGUUUGUUCUGGGAGCAAACUUGCAAGGAGGUGAGCGGAUGGUUACGUACCCCUUCGAUAUGCGACGACUCACCAAGGAGUCUGAGGAACGGGAGAAGAGGCUAAAUCCUAGGGCAAAACGCUACAAGCGCCAGUACGAGGAGGAGGAGGAAGAGGAACCCAACCCUUACCUCCACAUUGGGUACCAUCGGGAGAGCUAUGGAUACAACCCAGACCCCCAUGGUUACAAUCAAGAGAACUAUGGCUACCACCAGGAAAAUUAUGGGUACCAUCAAGAGAACCAAGGGUACCAUCAAGAGAACCAUGGGUACCAUGAAGAGAACCAAGGGUACCAUGAAGAGAACCAAGGGUACCAUCAAGAGCACCAGGAGUACCAUCAGGAGAACCAAGAGUAUCAUCAGGAGAACCAAGGGUACUACCCUGAAGGUCACUCUGAAGGGUAUCAUGAGGGCUACCAUGAAGGGUAUCAGGAGGGUUAUCCAGAGGGCGACAGGGAGGGCACAUAUGGAGAUGGGGAAGCAGAGGAGGAGAUCAGGAUGGUCGAGGACCAGUCGUUGUUCCGCUGGCUGGCCAUAUCUUAUGCCUCCACUCAUCGAACGAUGACCAACAUUUUCCGGGGUGGCUGUCAUACCGACGACCCCACACGUGGUCUGGGAAUUGUUAACCGCGCCAAGUGGAAGCCCAUCCCAGGAAGCAUGAAUGAUUUCAGCUAUCUGCACACCAACUGUUUUGAGCUGUCCAUCUUCCUGGGUUGUGAUAAGUUCCCCCAUCAGAGUGAGCUCCAGAGAGAGUGGGAGCACAACAGAGAGGCUCUGCUCACCCUUAUGGAGCAGGUGCAUCGGGGUGUGAAGGGCGUCGUUUCUGACAAGGAGGGCAAACCUAUUGUAAACGCCACUGUCUCUGUGGAGGGAGUCAACCACGACGUCAUGACAGGUGAGGCUGGUGAUUACUUCCGCCUGUUGAACCCCGGUGAGUACCGUGUGACGGUGCGCGCCGACGGCUAUUCCUCACAAAACAGGAUGUGUGUGGUCGGCUUCGAACCCGGCGCCACCCUCUGCAACUUUGAGCUCACCAAGUCCAACUGGGAUCGCAUCAAGCAGAUCAUGGCUCUCCACGGCAACAAGCCCAUCCGACUGCUUAACCCCGGAAGAGUCCGAGGUAGGGACCACACCCGUAACAAAAUUUUGCCUACCGACGCCGCCAGAGCCUAUCGCCGACGGCAAUGGCUCCGACGCAAGCGUCUACAAAAGCUGCUGGCAGCCCAGAUGACCAUUACCACACUGCCUCCAACAACUACCAUGCCAACCACCACACCAACCACCAUGCCAACCACCACUGUAACCACCACCGUACCUCCAACUGCUGCGAGCGCCACACCGUGGUAUGACCCUGGGCCGUUGUUGGAAGAAAACCCCACCCAACCUGAGUUUGAGAUUCUAGACUCAUUUGACUACAACUACACCUACAACUACAGCGACAAGAUAGAGGAUUACUGAAGGGUCCGAGGUGCGCCUCAGAGAACGUAGGGUAUGCACCAGCUUCUCCUUCUUUCACAAAGGACAGAUGAGUGCCCAUGGACAGUUCAAGAACUGAACUGCAGAGGAAACGAUCUACCAGUCUGCAUGUACACCAUCUCAAAUAGGUUCAGGAGUGGGUAUAUAUAUAUCACAUUACUGUAGGCCAGUGGUCGCCAAGCUUGCUCCUGGAGAUCUGCGUUUGUACAAGGUUCUGCUUAUUUAACCAAGCUGGUCCAGUUCUUCUGGACAGAUUAACUUUGCAGGAAGGCAGAGCUCCAGGAGGAAGGCUGGUGACCACUGAUAUAGAAUACGCACCAGCUUCUCCUUCUUCAGCAGUGGGAUUGAAAAAGGAGGGAUGAUCGCUAAUGUACAGUUCUAGAAACAGCAAAUAAUCAAAACUCAAUACUACAGGCCAGGGGUCAUCAACUGCAGUCCUGAGAUGUUGUCCAGCAUAGUUUGUUGACCUUCCUGCCUAAGCAUAAAACCAAAGCUGGUGGUUAACUGAGGAGUUGCAUCAGGUGCGUGUGAGUCAGGGAAUGAUCAAACUGUGCUGGUCUCUGGCCUUCCAGGACUGGACCUGAUGACCCCUGAGGUAGUCCAGUGUGCAUCUAUACCAAACAAUAACAUCCAUCCAUCCAUUUUCUAAGCCGCUUCUCCGUCAGGGUCGCGGGGGGAUGCUGGAGCCUAUCCCAACAGUCAUCGGGCGGAAGGCAGGAUACACCCUGGACAGGUCGCCAGUCCAAACAAUAACAAUAGUUAGUAAAGGGAGUAUAUACUGUAUGUAGUGGGGUACAGAAGUCUGAGACCACUAGUGAAAAAGCUUCUAUUUUGCAUUAUUUUCUAAUGUAACAAAGUAUUUUUAAUCACAAUUUAACAGAUUAGCAUAACGAUGUGGGUGAAAAGUAAAAUAUUUGAAAUAUUUCUCAGUAUUUGGUAGUUUUGCCCCUUUUGCAUUAAUGGUUGUCCAAUCAAGCUGCUUGGCACCCACAAGAUUGGGCAAAAGCCUCUGAUCAGCAGGUCAAAUUCACCCGAGAGCCGUCCGAACACGAGCUUCGAUGGAAAAAAUAAUCUUCAACAUUUUCUUCUGUCAUAACUUUAAUUUAUUUUCAAUUUAUUUCCACAAUUUUAAAACAAAAGCCUAAAAAUCCAGAUUUUCAAUGUGGUCUCAAACUUUUGGACCUCAAUACCAGACCACUUGCUGUCUAUGUCUCUUGGAGACCCACCAUCUUCCAGAGUUUCGCUCCAACCAAAAUCAUACACAACUGAUCCAAAUACCUCAACCAGGUAGAUCAAGUGUGUUAGAUUUGGCCCAGUCCCAUUUCUUAAUUUUACCCCUACACCUGGUUUUUGAGUGCCCCUUUGGAACUGAGCUACAGGGCAGUGGUUGAGAUCUUCCCUCUGAAAUGAGACCCUCUAAUAAAAGAGCAUCACUUCAUUAACAGCUACUAGCGCCGCUCUGUAGGCGACCCUGCCCGUCUGCAGGGACAGCAGAGGAGUGGAAAGAAAUGGGAUUGGGCCUUGGACGUGAACCCUACAGGUUAGCACGUCACCCAGAGGAGGGUUGGUCUGCACAAACACCAAAUUAAAACAAGACCAAGUUCUGGAGGGGGUGCAUCAUCACUUAACGUACAGGGUGGUUCAGAAAGAUUCAUCUGAUUUCAAAGCGGCAUAAUUUUACAAUCGUGAGGCGCCGAGGAACCAAUCACACUCCAACUGUAAGAGGGGGUCAUAGAGUUCCUGA